AUGGGGAAGGACCAGGAACUGCUGCAGGCGGUGAAGACCGAGGACCUGCUCACGGUGCAGAAGCUGCUGCAGAGGCCUCGACCCGGGAAAGCAAAGCUCUUGGGUUCGACGAAGAAAGUCAAUGUGAACUUUCAGGACACAGACGGGUUUUCUCCUCUGCAUCAUGCUGCUCUCAAUGGGAACGCGGAGGUCAUCUCACUGCUGCUGGAGUCUCAGGCUGCAGUGGACAUCAGAGACCAGAAAGGUAUGCGCCCGCUGCACUAUGCCGCGUGGCAGGGCAGAGCUGAGCCAAUGAAGAUGCUGCUUAAAGCGGGCUCCUCUGUGAACGGCCAAUCAGAUGAGGGACAGAUCCCUUUGCACCUGGCAGCGCAGCACGGACACUACGACGUGUCUGAGAUGCUCCUGCAGCACCAGUCUAAUCCGUGUAUAGUGGAUAAUGCAGGAAAGACGCCCCUGGACCUGGCCUGCGAGUUCGGACGUGUGGGGGUGGUGCAGUUGUUGUUAUCCAGUAACAUGUGUGCUGCGUUGUUGGAGCCUAAAAAAGGAGACACCACAGAUCCUAAUGGGACGUCUCCUCUUCAUCUGGCUGCAAAGAAUGGACACAUAGACAUCAUCAGACUCCUGAUCCAGGCGGGUAUAGACAUCAACAGGCAGACCAAAGCAGGCACUGCCCUGCAUGAAGCCGCUCUAUGUGGGAAGACUGACGCAGUGAGACUCCUGCUGGAGUGUGGAAUCAAUGCUACAGUGAGAAACACCUACAGCCAGACUGCGCUGGACAUUGUUUAUCAGUUCACUGCGACACAAGCCAGUCGAGAGAUCAAGCAGCUGCUCAGAGAUGCGUCAGCUGCUCUCCAGGUCCGAGCUCUGAAGGAUUACUGCAACAACUACGACCUGACCAGCCUCAACAUCAAAGCAGGAGAUGUCAUCACGGUUUUAGAGCAACACCCAGACGGCCGCUGGAAAGGCUGUAUCCAUGACAACCGGACAGGAAAUGACAGAGUGGGCUACUUCCCGUCCACCAUGGUCGAGGUCAUCAGCAAGCGCACAGGUUUGGCCAGCACAGUCAUUUGCACUCAACAGUUUCAAAAGAUACCACUGGUUCCCCCGGCAACGGUUGCCCCUGCCAACGCGGUAGUCAACGGCAACGACACCACGUUCCAUCAGAUCCAUAUCCUGCCUCCACCGCCUCCUCCUCCACCACAUUCCCAUCAGCCACUGCUUCCACUUUUCACUUCCUUUGGCUAUAGCAGGUCGCCCGUGACAACCCCACAGGGAGACACACCCACUGCCCCAGGUUGUCGCGGCUCAGAGGCCAGUCCUCACAGCUCUCCCACCCCAUCCAGCGGGCCCCAUGGAGGCUCCAACGAGGAGAUCUGGGUCCUGCGCAAGCCCGUGGCAGGUGGAGACCGCAGCAGUCUGGGCAGCUCGGGCAGCGUGGCCAGUGUCAGGUCGUCGGGCAGCGGACAGAGUGCGGGCAGUGCUCCACACAUCCUCCACGCUCAGGCCGAAGGGGUCAAGCUCUUGGCCACAGUGCUGUCACAGUCGACCAAAGCCAAGGAGCACUUAAUGGAACAGUCGAAAUCUGUGGACCAGCCCUCAGGAUCGGCCCCAUCCUCGCGGACAUCGAGCCAAUCAGGCUGCCCACUCCACGAAGCGCCGCCCUAUGACGCCGUGCCCACUCGGAAGGCAGAGGGAGCCGGGGAGGGGAAGAGCUCAGAGGCUGUGGUCCAGUGGCUGAGCGACUGUCAGCUGCAGGUCUACGCUCCAAACUUCCUGAGUGCGGGCUAUGACCUGGCCACCAUUAGCCGAGUGACCCCUGAGGACCUGACAGCCAUCGGAAUCACAAAACCCGGCCACAGAAAGAAAAUCAGCUCGGAGAUUAACAAGAUCAGCGUCACAGAGUGGUUGCCAGAACAGAAACCAGAUAAUCUAGGUGAAUGGCUGAAUGCUAUUGGUUUGAGUCAAUACCAUCAAGUUCUGGUGCAAAAUGGCUACGAGAACAUUGACUUUAUCACAGACAUCACGUGGGAGGACCUACAGGAGAUUGGAAUCACAAAACUAGGGCACCAGAAGAAGCUGAUGCUGGCAGUGAAGCGCUUAGCUGAAAUACAGAGAGGGACAGAUGGACGUGGCUCCAUGAGAAAGAAGCCUCCACCAAUCACAACACAGCAGGACGUGACUUCUAUGGACAGCCCGCCUCCAGACGAGCUGAUGUCUCCUAAGAUGAGCACUUUCCAGGACAGUGAGCUGAGCACGGAGCUCCAGAACGCCAUGAGCCAUCCAGGACCAGAGGUGAAAGCCCCGCGCACACGCACUCUCAGCCGGGACCAUGACGACGCAGUCAACCACGGACCACCCAAAAAAGAGGCACGCACCAUGAGGCAACAGAGCAGUCAGAGCAGUACCUCCUCCUCCCACAGGGGCAGUGUGUCCUCACAGGGCAAACACCGACACUCUCACUCCCAGCCUGCCCCCCCUUACACUCCACCCCACACGCCCACCAAGACCAGAAACUCCUCUUCCUCCUCCACUUCUUCAGUUCAGAGUACAGCGCCCCCGCAGGCCAAACCCAGAACUUCUCCUCAGCUCAGUCAGGGGGAAAGACCUCAGUCUCCAAGAACCCAACCUCCACAGUCCCCCACACAUCGAGCGCCCUGUAACCAACAGACAGCACAAGUCCAGGAGAAUGCACAAGUCCCAGUCCUGUGUUUACCCCCAGAGCAGGAUGUGACCGAGGAGGAAAGUGAGGAGGCACUCCAAAUGAGACGCGCACGCACUUUGAACCGCCAUGCUGUGUCCGAUGGGGAGUGCGACCAAACGAUCGUCCAGAACUCAACUGCAGUCCGACCAGAAGGAGUUAAAUAUGCCACCGUCACUCACCGUGUCAGCCGGAGCCAUUCAGCUCGCAACCAGGAGAAGACCUUAAAUCACACCAAAACUCAAUCCAUUGCCCUCCGACAGAAAAAGAAGGGCCCUCCUCCUCCUCCACCCAAACGUUCCAGCUCAGCCAUUUCCAGCUCCAGCUCGAACCUGUGUGAGGCCACCACGCAGCAGCCCACCCACAGCACCACGGGAGGCAUGCUGGACGUGCCUUACCACCAGCAGAGGAGGGCCAGUGAUCUGGGCAUGUCUGUGGAGAGCGGCGGAGUGGUCGAGACUACCAGUAUGGGCAGCGUGAGGAGCAUAGCCGCCAUGUUGGAGAUGUCUUCCAUUGGGGGAGGACCUAAAGGAAUGGCACUGCAGAAGAAUUUCAUGCAGGUGGGUAAAGGUCGUGAGACUGUGGGUCUGGAUGGUGAGGUGGUGAACAGACGCAGGACCAUCAGCGGCCCCGUCACUGCAGAGCUGGUGGCUGCAGCCAUGAGAGAGCAGCCUUUGACUGCUUUCACCCCCAAUGCUGUCCCAUCAGCAGUCUCCCCGAACCAGCUGGCCUCUCCUCAGCCCCUCUCCUCCCCUCAGCCUCUCUCCUCCCCUCAACCCCUGUCCUCCCCUCAGCCUCCUUCCUCUCCUUACCCCCCCUCCUCACCUAUCCCCCCUUCCUCACCUAUCCCCCCCUCCUCGCCUCACCCGGGCUCUGCUGGCAGUGGCAGUGGGAGCUCAUCAGAAAACCUUCCGUUUGCUGAAGAGGGCAGCCUGACCAUCCGGCGGCAGGGGCGUGGUGAAGGCGAAGGACAGUGUGUAUUUUGUGUGUGUCUGCAGGGGGACCGGGAGCCCACCCACACAGAGGCGGGGUACCCCCAGGAAGAAGUGCCCAGCGUAGAGACCACGCCCACCCUGAAGCGCCGACCUCGGAAAAGCCAGCCCAACGGCACAGACUUCACCCUGCAGGAGUCCUCCACCGUCAAGCGGCGCCCCAAGAGCCGCGACAAGGAACCAGAGGGCUACCCCGAACUCAACACCACCAACGGAGAAGUGACCCAGGCCCCCAACACCACCCAGCCAAUCCCUUAUCAGAACGGCACAGGUGGCACAGGUAUGGUGAAACGGAGGUCUGUGGUGGAGGGAGUUACGGAGCAGCCCCAGAGGGAGAUGGGACCACCCCCCAGGAGAGACAGUCUGGACCAGAGCACACAGCUGGAGGGUGAGGGGGCUCCACUGAGGAAACCCAAGCCCCCAGUGUCGCCCAAACCUGUGGUGGCUCAGAUCAGGAGGCAGGGAGCACCCAUGAACCAGCCACAGGGACAACCAGGGUCCAACCGGAGGGUCCCACUGCCUGGACCGGGGACUGAUAACAGCCCAGCUGAAGGCAAGAAGAUCCCUCCACCUGUCUCCCCUAAACCUGCGCCACCUCCCACAGCGCCCAAACCUGCCAAACUGCUGCACUCCACGACCAGCCCAUCCAUGUCUAGUCCCGCCCCCGCUCCUGUCAGAGCACACUCUGUGGUGUCCCCUCCACUGCUGAACCAGACCAACACCCCCAGCCCGCCCAACACCAAGUCUCCCAGCCCUAUACCCAACGCACACACCCCACCCACACCACAGACUCCGCCUACACCGCAAACUCCACCCACACCACAGACUCCGCCUACACCGGCCACGCCUAGCCCCACGCCGCCACCCGUCAAACCGCCACGCUCCUCCAUUGGGGGCGUGUCUGUGGACAGUGGCAUGGGCACACAGGGCAGCACAGGGCUGUCCCAGUCUCCUGCUAAUGCCAACACAGACCUCAGCGUGGACGCCCUGGUGCAGCAGAAGCUGGAGGAGACCAGCGCCUCUCUGGCUGCAGCACUGCAGGCCGUGGAGGACAAGAUCCUGCGUCAUGACGACUCCAUUGCAGAGCAGAAGUCCACAGUGAGCAUCCUGGACGACAUCGGCAGCAUGUUCGAUGACCUCGCCGACCAGCUGGACGCCAUGUUGGAGUAACUGUGGAUUCUGCUUCCGUGUCUCCAUGGCAACGCUGCAGUACAAGUGGGAUUUCAACGACACAAACAGAGAUGCCACAAGACUUUGGACACAAGUCCAUUCUCAGUCUCUCCUGCUCCCUCUGCCUGAAAUACAGACUUUGGCAGGACGGAGUGGAAGAAAAAAGGAUGAUGAGAGAGGUAAAUCAUGAAACAAAAAAAUGAAGGAAGGAAUGCAAAAAUGGGACCACAAUCACAUGUCUUUUAAGAACUGAAUUAUGGAUGAACUAUCAACAAAGCUUAAUGUAAUGAUCCAUAACAUGGUAUGUGUACAUUUAAAGCAUGGAGAGUUUAUAUCUACUUGACAAAGUUCUGCAUUAGCACAGUAAUAUAUAUAUAAAUAUAGAUAUAAUAUACAAUAUGAAUCUAGCUCUUUGGUUCGAUGUCUUGGUUCAUGUGUGGAAUGGUGACCUCUGGUGUUGUGACGAUGUAAAUGAAUCGGUGGAAAACAAAAAAGAAAAAAACAAAAAAACAAAAACAGAAUAUUAUUUGUGACCAAAUGGAGACCGUGGAGCUCCCGAGGCGCGUUUGGGUGAGUGGGUGGUAACUUUACAGGAUUUUCAUUUGUCACGUUGCUUCCGGCACAUUCUUCAAGGAAAACAGGAGAAGCACAAGGCACUGACUGGCACAGAACAUACACAACACAAGGGAGAGAGGGGGAGAGGGAGAGAGGAGCAGGAGGCAGCUGGAGGA